AUGUCUUCGAUCGGUAGUGGGUAUGAUUUAACUGCAUCCCAGUUUUCACGAGGUGGAAAUGUCUUUCAAAUUGAGUAUGCCUGCAAGGCAGUAGAAAAUAGCGGUACAGCAAUAGCUAUUCGAGGUAAAGAUUGUGUAGUUUUCGCAGUCGAAAAUAUUGUCACAUCGAAGCUUUAUGAACCCGGCUGUGUCAAAAGAAUAUUCAACAUCGAUGAUCAUAUAGGCAUGGUUGUGAUGGGUUUUCAGGCUGAUGCAAAAGCUAUUGUUGAGGCAGCUAGAGAUGAGUGCUCGAAUUAUCGUGAUAGUUUUGGGAGCCGUAUACCAUUAUAUUCUCUGACAGAGCGACUGGCUAUGUACAUGCACGCACAUACGCUUUACAGUGCUGUAAGGCCAUUCGGUGUAUCAGUCUUACUUGGAUCUUACGAAAAUGAUGGCCCUCAUUUGUAUGUCAUUGAACCUUCUGGUUUAUCUUUUGCUUAUUUCGGCUGUGCUAUCGGUAAAGCGAAACAAAGUGCAACCACAGAAAUAGAAAAACUCAAGAUCAACGACUUAUCUCCGGAAGAAUUGAUUAAAGAAGCAGCAAAAAUAAUUUACACUGUGCACGAUGAAAUCAAAGAUAAAAACUUUGAGUUAGACCUCAGUUGGGUCGGUGCAAACACAAAGGGUGUGCAUCAGUCUGUUUCUCGCAAACUAUUCGACGACGCGGAGACAUUCGCUAAACAGGCACUAGAGGAGGCUGAUGAUUUGGAUGAUGAAGUAGAAUGA